AUGUAUGCGAAAAUACAGCUUUACACGCUUUCUGAUGAAUAUAAUUGUGUCCCUCUUACGGAAAAUAACAAACAAAAGUUUAAGAAUGAACGACAAUUUCCUAAUGGCUCCGUAUUAGGAACGUAUACUUACAAGGACAAAGAUGGCAACCCAGUACAUGUUAAAUAUUUUGCUGACGAUUCUAGUUAUAGUGUGGAACUAAAAAGCAUAAGAGUCUUUGAAGGAAAUUCUGAACAAAAUGACAAGCAAGAAGAGAUAUUGUCUAACAUUGAUCAAAUGGAAACUACAACAGAUAUGUUAAAACCGGAUUUUUUUUUGAGUAAAGCCAAUUCUAUGUUGGCUAAGAAUUAUUAUAAAAAUAAUACUAGCAACCCAUAUGACGUUUUUAAUAGUAAUCUUAAAACAAAAGAUAAAGGGCAUCAAAAAUAUGAUGAUGAAUAUGAGAUUUUCUUAGAAAAUGUUCUUAGACCUUCUGACAAGUUUAAUAAAGAAAAAGUUCGGGUGUACGUCGACAAAAACAGACGUAAAAUAAGAAAUAUAUCUAAUAAAUAUAAGCCCUCUGCACUUUUUAAUCCAUUUUAA